AUGUCUCUUCGUUCAAUAAUCUUCGUAACUUCGGCCGUGCUAACCGUGCUGGGCGCCUUCGUUGCGGCCCAAGGUGAUACAAGUGAUGCAAACUACAAAUUCCAAACCCGGCCACCGUUGCCGGCAGCCGCAGUGAUGCCAACGUUGGCGAACGGCAACAUCGGGUUCGUGGCGUACGGUUCAUACGUACACCUGAACGGUGUGUACAAUGGUUUGGGUGGCAAAUCGCAUCGGGCGCGCAUUCCAAACUAUGGUAACAUUCAGCUGAUGACGUGUUCGCUCGAAAGUGCCAGCGUAUCCCCCUCCUGUACCUAUCAGCUGGACAUGAAGGAGGGCAAGUUUGUGACGGUCGAUGAGAAUGGUGAUUAUCGGGUGGUGCAUGAGAUGUACCCUCAUCGAUAUUAUGACACGGUUCUGGUGAAUCGCAUCCGAAUUCAGCGCCUUAGCUCGGAGACCGUGAUUCAGGCACGGUUGCUGCAAAUUCCAGGACAAAGUGAAGAUUUCUCCUGGCAACCGACCACCAAUUUCGUAAUGUCCGGACAGGUGUACAAUGUGCAGUGCGGAACUACGGUGCAGGUGGAGGAACCGACUGUACAAGCGUUUGGCCACAAUGUUUGUGUAACCUAUCCGACAAUCCCGGAAUAUGUGGAGAUAGAACCGGACGUAAUGGCUAAGGAAUUCUUUUUCUUCACUGCUUUCACCAUGACCGCUGAGGAAGGUACGCGACAAAUUGCAGAAGUUACGAUGGAGAGCAAUGCGCAGGACAGCCAGCACAUGCGACAAAUGGAGAGACUUUGGGAGCGUUACGGUAUUACGGUGGAAGGAAACAACGAACUUGAUCGAGUCAUCAAGGCCAGUGCGUUCUAUCUGUUCAGCUCUCUGCCCGCACACCAGGUAGCACCAUCGUCGGGAAGGUAUCCCUUCUAUGGGCUUGCUCCCGCUGGACUGGGCCGUGGGGGGAUCGUAGAGCAGGAAUAUCAGGGUCACAGUUUCUGGGAUACAGAAAUUUGGAUGUACCCGGCGAUUUUACUAAUGGAUCCGAUCAAUGCUGCAAAAGUGUUGAGCUACCGCACCACUGUCAGCGGUGGCGCACGCAUUAAGGCGCUGGAAAACGACUACAAAGGCAUACAGUUUCCCUGGGAGUCGGCAUUUACCGGAACCGAGGUAACACCGGAUUGUUGCCCGGAGGUUUCCGUUUAUCAGCAUCACAUCACGGCCGACAUCGUGUUUGCCGCACGUCAGUAUUUCUACGCCACCGGUGAUUUUGACUGGCUAAGGUCACAAGGGUGCCGGCUGGCAGCAGACACGUCGCUUUUCUGGCUUAGUCGGGCAGUGUACAACAAUGCUACCGAUUUGUUCGAAAUUCGUAAUGCGAUGGGACCCGACGAGGAUCAUCCGAACGUGUCGAAUAAUGCCUUUACCAAUGUGAUGGCCGCACACAAUCUGUUCUUCGGUGAAUUUGCGUCCUGCUACUGCAAAGACACUGAGGUAAAUGAGAGUGUCCGCAAGGAAUUGCUGAAAGUUGGCAGGGGUCUUACGUUGCUGUACGAUGCGCAAGGUGAUUUUCAUCCACAGUAUGAAGGGUACCAGACGGGUACCCCGAUCAAGCAAGCUGACACGGUGCUCUUGAUCUAUCCACUGCAGUAUCCAAUGAAUGUAUCGACGAAAGCAAAUAAUCUGCGCAAAUACUCGGAGGUAACGCGUGAGAAUGGUCCAGCGAUGACAUGGGCCAUUCACACGAUUGGUCACCUGGAGCUUAAUCAGCUGCAAGAAGCAGCCGCUAUGUUUGAUAAGAGCUAUCGCCAGUACCUUCGGGCACCGUUUAACGUGUGGAGCGAAAAUGGUAACAAUGAGCCCGGGGCGGGCAACUUCAUAACCGGUGCCGGUGGCUUUCUGCAGUCCAUCAUCAACGGGUACGCGGGUGUGCGGCUUCACCAGGAUCGGUUGGAAAUUAAAAAUGCCCGCCUAACUCCCAACACUGGAACUCUGCACAUCCCAACUAUAGAGUAUAGGGGUGCACAGUUCUCGUUGACUGUGCGAACAAAUGCGUUUACCAUCAAGAUCAGAUCGACGGCCGAAGAUGUGAGGUUGCUGGUCGAUCAAAAAGAAGAGCGUAUCUGCGCGGGUUGUGAAUACAAUGGCACGGUUGCAAGCUUCCAAAUGACGACGGGUCAAACAUUUGGAGGAUGCACAUUGAAACCAACUACCCUCGGAGUGAAGAUUGCUGAUCAAUCGGAUGGUGCAACGACGCUCCGUACUACGUGGAUGGCUUUCCUAUCUCUUGUCGUUUGUUUCUUUUUGAGCAAGAUGUUCUAA